GCGCGCGGGGGCAGCAGAGCGGUCCGGGGCCCGCGCGCUCAGAACAAAACCCCGUAUCAGCAGUCCGCGGGAUGGCGGCCCGAAAGCGGAGUAUAGUGUGGUCUUUCUUCCAGGCGGAGGACGAGAAGCGCGUGCUAUGUCUGCUCUGCAUGAAGACCGUGCUGUACUUCGGACACACCACCAACAUGCUGCGGCACCUGCGGGCCAAGCACCCCGGGGACUUCUCCGCGCUGGACAAGCGGAAAGCGUCCGCCGGGAGAGCGGCGCCCAACAACGGCUGCGUGGAGGUUACGGUGAUGAUGGACGAGCAGCAGGUGGAGGUGCAGAACGAGGUGGGUGAGGUGGAGAUGGAUGGAGCGAUCAGGGGGAUCCUGUGUGCGGCGGCGGGGGAGGGCACGGCGGAGCCGGAGGCGUCUGGAUGCGAGGCGGAGAGUAAGGUGGCGGCGGAGGGCAGCCCUCAGCCGCUGACGCCCAACACCCGCAAGUGGAGCGCGGUGUGGGUGCACUACCGUAAAGUGGACCAGGAGAAGAAAGCGCUGUGUUUACUCUGCAUGGAGAAGAUCCAGCACCAGAGCAGCACCAGCAACCUGAUCCGUCACCUGCAGAACAAACACCCGGCGGAGUACGCCCAGCUGGAGGAGCACCCCCAGAAACGCCCGGCCAAACGCAAACCCGACGACCCGGACUACUGCCCCCCCAGCCCCACCAAGAGCCGCGCGGUGACGCCGCGCACCGUCCAGUCCCCCCUCAACAGCAGCAUCGCCGAGAGAUACGCAGGUGUGGACUGGAGCGACGGGCGUAAGAUCCUGGAGCGCGAGCGGGAGCUGACGGAGGCGCUGAGGCGGGUGCAGCAGGAGGAGGGGCGGAGCUUACAGCAGCAGCGGGAGCUGAUGCAGCAGAUCCGGGAGCUGGAGGCGGAGCGACGGGCGCUGCAGAACCAGAGACGCGAGCAGGAGGACGAGCACCACAGACUGAAGAGAGAGAAAGAGGAGGUGGAGAACUCCAAACUGGAGCUCCAGAAAGAGAGGGAGGAGAUCCAGAAGGAGAGGGAGGAGUUAUACAAGGCGAAGGAGGAGUUUCGGCACGAGAAGGAGGAGCUGGAGAGACAGAGGCAGGAGCUGGCGGCGGAGAAGGAGAUUCACGGAGAGAGACACAUACAGGGCCAGGUCUCCGAGUUUUACAGCUGCUGAUCGGUGUAUAUAUUUAAUGUAUUUCUGUCGAGACAGAAGAUUAAAUUUUGUAUUUUUAUUGGGGGGGGGCGGGGGGCUACUUUAGUGACGUAGCUGAUAACAUUUCAUCCCUUUUUCAUCAUUUUUUCUGGAACUCUCUUGUUGAAAUACGAUGUCGGGUGUUUAGUGUAACCUGGAUUUGGGUUGUGAUUUUAAACGCAUUGUAAAUAUUCUGUCACUCAUUUCUCAAUACAAUGUUAUCACCCAC